UCCAAUUUCAGUACUUAAAGCUUAAAAAGUCAUUAAUUACACGAUAACCGUAAUUAAUUACACGAUAAUCUGUUCUGUGUAACAUUCUGAUGUUAUCUUAAAACUAAUACUGAAAUCGAAAAUCAUACGUUUUUGUUACGUUGUCUUUUUUACAAGUAGAACACUACAAAUAAGGUCAUUGCGUUACAUACCAGUCUGUAUUCCUCACACGUGCAGUAUUAACUACACUCAAUUUAAAUUGCAUCUCAGUCUUGACUUAGAUUUUUUACUGGUUGAUUCCAUUUAUGUAGUCACAUAAUAAUAUUUUCUAUCUCGCAGACAUGAACAUUGUGCGGAACACUGCACUUAGACGCUUCUGUUCUAAAUACCCACUACUGCGUUUACCUUUAGCUGGACAUUUACAAGUUUCUCCUUUACCAAUCACCUACGGACAGCAGACGCAUUCCUUUAAACGGGACAUGGCAUCUUUUAGGCAUAAAAAUUCGAAAAGAAUUGAGGGUUUGGAUAAGAACAUUUGGGUGGCCCUCACUUCUGUAGCAGCAGACCCCUCCAUUGUGAACUUGGGCCAGGGAUACCCUGAUAUCCCCCCGCCUUCCUAUAUAAAAGAAGGUCUGGCACAAGCAGCCGCAGUCGACAGGAUGAAUCAGUACACCAGAGGCUUUGGACACCCAUCUCUAGUCAAAGCACUGUCUCAGGUCUACGGGAAGGUGUAUGGCCGUGAAAUCAACCCCUUUAGUGAGAUUUUGGUCACUAUCGGAGGAUAUGGCUCUUUGUUCAGUGCCAUACAAGGUCUUGUAGAAGAAGGAGAUGAGGUAAUAAUCAUUGAGCCUUUCUUUGAUUGCUACGUACCUAUGGUGCGAAUGGCCGGAGGGAUACCUGUUCUAGUACCUUUAAGACUAAACUCAGAAAACGAAGCAAACAUCAGCAGCGCGCACUGGGUGCUGGAUCCGGAUGAACUAGAAAGCAAAUUUAACUCCAAGACUAAGGCCAUCAUAAUCAAUACCCCUAACAAUCCUAUUGGGAAGGUAUUCACUAAAGAAGAGCUCCAUAUGAUCAGUGAUUUGUGCAUCAAGUAUGACACACUGUGCUUCAGCGAUGAAGUCUAUGAAUGGCUGGUGUACAAGGGCCACACCCACACAAAAAUAGCUACUCUGCCUGGGAUGUGGGACAGAACAGUUACGAUUGGCAGUGCUGGGAAGACCUUCAGUGUCACUGGAUGGAAGCUCGGUUGGUCUAUUGGCCCUGAUCAUUUGAUUAAACACCUUCAAACAGUGAUGCAGAAUACCCUGUACACCUGUCCAACUCCUUUACAGGAAGCAGUGGCUCAGGGGUUUCUCCGGGAAUCUAAACUCAUGGGAACCCCAGACUGUUACUUUUCUUCUUUGGCCAUGGAGCUGGAGGGAAAGAGAGACCGCAUGGCUGCCAUCCUGAGGACCGCAGGCAUGUCUCCCAUCGUCCCCGAGGGAGGCUACUUCAUGAUUGUGGACAUCACUGCAUUAAACCAAGACUUGUCACACAUGGGCGACGACGAGGCAUAUGACUAUAAGUUUGUGAAGUGGAUGAUCAGUGAGAAGAAAUUGGCUUCCAUUCCUGUAACAGCAUUUUGUGGGGAAGCGUCCAAGAGGCAGUUUGAGAAAUAUAUCCGUCUGUGCUUUAUCAAGCAAGACAGCACUCUGGAUGCAGCAGAAGUUAUACUGAAGAACUGGAAUAAAAGUCCUUCUGUAUAGUAGAGCAGCCUGAGGAAGUUCAUUCAGCUGAAUGUAUGUGUUUUAGUCUGUCAGUAUCCAGCUACAAAAGCAUAUGGACGUAUACUCACUGAGCACUUUAAUGGGAACAGCUAUGCACCUGUUUUUUCAUGCUGUUAUCUAAUGAGCCAAUCAUGUGGCAGCAGCACAGUGCAUAAAAUCAUGCAGAUACAAGUCAAGAGCUUCAGUCAAUGUUCACAUCAGACACCAGAAUGGGAAAGAAUGUGAUCUCUGUGAUUUUGACCGUGGCUUGAUUGUUCGUGCCAGACAGCUGUUUUGAGUAUUUCUGUAACUGCUGAACAUCUAGGGUUUUUGCACACAAUAGUCUCUGGUUUACUCAGAAUGGUGUGACGAACAACAUCCAGUGAACUGCUGCUCUGUGGACGGAAAUGCAUUAUGGAUAAGAAAUGUUAGAGAAGAAUGGCCAGACUGGUUCAAGCUAACAGAAAGGCUAAAGGAACUCCGAUAAGAUUCGAGAUUAAAGACGUUUAUUUGUCACAUACAACAUACAGUGAAAUGUAACCCUGGUCACUUCCAAGCAGCUGUGCAUAAUAUGAGAAUAAGAACGUGGGAAAAGAGUAAAAUAUAAAGAUAACAAUAUAAAAUAAAAAACAUAAUAUAUACAUAAGUGACAUGGUCAAAGUGAUUAUGCUGUGCAAUAUAAGCACAAUGGUAUCCUCUAUAUAUAACUGUGUUGAGCAGAAAAGUACAGAUGGGGCACGGGCUCAACAAAAGCAGUCAGUGGAAGACACAAAAAACAUAGCUAGGUCAUAUGAAUCUCGAAUGUGCUGAGGCACACAGAUGGCUUGGCCAGAAUUUGGCGUCAACAUUCAUGGAUCCACCCAGCCUCGUGUCGUCAGUCCGGGCUGGUGGUGGUGGUGUAAUGGUGUGGGGAAUGUUUUCUUGGCACCCUUUGAGCCUGAAAAUACCAGUUGUUCAUCACUUGAAUGCCACUGCCUAUCCGAGUAUCGUUGCUGACCAUGUGCUCCCUUCAUGGCCACAUGGCCGUCUUCUAAUGGCUGCUUCCAGUAUGAUGAUACGCCAUGUAAAAAGCUAAAUCUGUUUCAAACUGGUUUCGUGGACGUGACAAGGAGUUCAAUGAUCUUCAGUGGCCUUCCCAGUCACCGGAUCUGAAUCCAGACCUUCGGGAUGUGACAGAACGGGAGAUUUGCAGCAGGGAUGCACAACUGACAAGAAAUUGUGUGAUACAAUCAUGUUAACAUGGACCGGAAUCUCAAAGGAAUGUUUCCAACAUCUUGUGGAAUCCAUGCCACAAAGAGGCUGUUUCGAGCCCGAAACGAGGUCCUACUCAGAAUUAGUAUAGUGUUCCUAAUAAAGUGCUCCAUGAGGGUAUGCCUGUCAAAACAUUAAAGUUACACUGGAUAUAAAAAGUGCACACACUCCUGUGUGCAAAGGUGGAAUAAGUUAUCUUGGUUUAAUUAGUGAGUGUCCUGCUUCAUUACCUCUGCUUCCUCUGAUAGACUCCAGACUCACCACAGCCCUGUAUGGAUAUGUGGUGAUGGAUGGAUGGAUGGAUGAAUGGAUGUAUGGGUGGAUAUAUCGAUUUUUGAAGAUAUUAAUCUGCAAUCAACAUGGCGGCAUUGAAUAUACACAUACGAAGCCCAUAAAUUAUUUUAAACGUUACUGGCCUUAGACAAUCUUAUAGGCAAGUUUAUUUUUUCAUGGAGCUAAGAGCCAUUUAUCUGUUUGUGAUAAUUGGAGUAAUUAUCUUUACCUGUUCAGGACAUUGGAAUUUUUGUGCACACUUCAUUCAGCAGUCAAAUAAAAUGUUUAAAUGA